AUGAUACCUUGCUCUGAUGAAGUUCGUCCUGUGACGGACGAAAGCUUAGCACCUUUUCACCGGAAUCGAAGGAGAUUACCUCGGAAACAGCGUCAGCGUGAAUGCUCCAGUAAAGCCAAUCGACGGUUGGUCAAGAGGAAUCCGCCGUCGUCUUCUGGUAGAACCGACCUUCGAAUCUCUUCACCAAACGCAUUCAUUCUAAAUGUAACUACUGGCUCUCGUCACUUCAUUCCUGAAAUGGACAUUCGGUUGAAUACCGAUCCCUUAUUGGCCUUGUGUAUUACAAAUCUCUCCGCCAUGAAUGCCUCGGCCUCAUUGCUCUCGCUAACUGAAUGUCACAAUCUUGCAGCCUCAGCUUCACAACCUUUCAACAUGAUCACCUGA